AUAAAGAACYACCGAAAGCAGAUUAUUCUUCACGYUAAUACACUCCAAUUCUGGAAUUACGCUCACCCAAUAAUAGAGCCAUGGGAAGAAAAAAGAUCCAAAUAUCUCGAAUCGGAGAUGAGAGRAAUCGUCAGGUUACUUUCACAAAGAGAAAGUUUGGUUUAAUGAAGAAAGCCUAUGAGCUCAGCAUCUUAUGCGACUGCGAGAUUGCACUUAUUAUCUUCAACUCGGCCAACAAGCUUUUCCAGUAUGCAAGCACAGACAUGGACAAGAUUUUGCUCAAGUACACUGAGUAUAAUGAACCACAUGAGAGCAGAACCAACACUGAUAUUGUUGAGACAAUUUCAAAGAAGGAAAACAAACARCUUUCUUCACCUGAUGAGACUGAAAAGCAGUUUGUGCUGACACCAAGAACAGAGGCAAAAUAUAACAAAAUCAAUGAAGAAUUUGACCAGAUGAUGAAGAAGAACUUCAUCCCACAGCCUAACUCUGAAAACUAUCCACAGCAGAUGCCAGUAACCGUCCCAAUAUCACAAGACAGCAAUAGCUCUGAUGACACCAAUGGCUACAGCAGGAGUGUUAGUGUGGACACAAUUGGAAGUAACUCUGGAAUGGGAAACCCCAACACCAGUGGACGAAUAUCAACCGGAACACCAAAUACUGGAACCAACCCUGGGUUAAGCAUAUCAGGGAACAAAUCUAAUGGGAAACAGACUGUCAGUUCCAACAAGUGUGCAUUCCCAACAACAACUUGUAAAUGUCAAGUCAGAACCAGCAGARCACGAUCCUUCUUCACCGAAUUCACGGUCUUCUGUCUCUCCAACAUCACCCUAUUGYCGACAGACACCAAGUAGAGAAGGAAGGGACAUUGACAUGGCAGAUGUAAACACACCAAAGCGACCUCGCAUGGACACUACAGCGAAUGGCUGGCGUUAGGAGCAACAGCUAUUGUAURUAUAUAGCAUCAGUAUAUCUUAUAAAUUUUUUUAAAUCCCUGUAAUAUUCAAAAACAUUGUAUUAUUUUAUUAUUUUUUGUUCGAAGAUGCAGUAUAAACUGAGUAGUUUGAUGAAAAUUCUUAAAUAGGUGUGUGAUAAUCACUAGGUGAUAUUAUUGUAUUGCAAAAUAGUGUUUAACUUCUCGUAUUGUGAGGCAAAAUAGUGUUUAACUUUUCGUAUUGUGAGGACAGUUGAGAAAAAUAAUUUUCAUAGAUUUACUAUAGUUAUUGAUAAAAGCAACGGUAAUGAGAAAAGCCAAUGUACAAUGGAAAUAGAUAAAAACAAACCAUUCUACGCGACUCUGCUGAGUCUAAUUUGUUAUUCUGCUAUUAUUCUAAGGCUUCAAUUUUAUAGACUGAUCCUAGAAACUGGAUGCCAAAACUUCAGCAGUUAUUAGUAAAUUUUUGUACUCCAUUAGAAAACGCCUAGAUGUAAUUAUGGUUGUGUAAGGGUGUUAUUUUAUUAGUAAUAUUACUUGACAAAAAUUGC